AUGGCAGCCGAUAUGAGCGGAGAGCAGAUGCAGGCGAAAAUCACCGCCGCCAGGCGCGAAGCGGAAGGCCUGAAGGACAAGAUCAAGCGCCGGAAGGAUGAGCUGGCCGACACCUCGCUCCGUCAGGUCGCACAGAACCAAACCGAUGCUCUACCACGAAUUGGCAUGAAGCCCCGACGAACACUCAAAGGUCAUCUGGCGAAGAUCUAUGCCAUGCACUGGUCCACCGACCGGCGCCAUCUUGUGUCGGCCUCGCAGGACGGGAAGCUCAUCAUUUGGGAUGCCUACACCACCAACAAAGUUCACGCGAUUCCCCUGCGCUCCUCCUGGGUGAUGACCUGCGCCUACGCCCCGAGCGGGAAUUACGUUGCGUGCGGUGGUCUGGACAACAUCUGCUCGAUCUACAACCUGUCGUCACGUGAAGGGCCGACCCGGGUCGCGCGCGAGCUUUCCGGACACUCGGGCUACCUGUCAUGCUGCCGUUUCAUCAACGACCGCCGGAUCAUCACCUCGUCGGGCGACAUGACCUGUAUGCUGUGGGAUAUCGAGUCUGGAUCCAAGGUGACUGAGUUCGCCGACCACCUGGGUGAUGUCAUGUCCAUUAGCAUCAACCCGACCAACCAAAACAUCUUCGUUUCGGGUGCUUGCGACGCUUUUGCCAAGCUUUGGGAUAUCCGUACUGGCAAGGCCGUGCAGACAUUUGCCGGCCACGAAUCCGACAUCAACGCCAUCCAGUUCUUCCCCGAUGGCAAUGCUUUCGGUACCGGAUCUGACGACACCUCGUGCCGUCUGUUCGAUAUCCGUGCCGACCGCGAGCUCAACAUCUACCAGAGCGACCAAGUUCUGUGUGGUAUUACUUCGGUCGCCUUCUCCGUGUCGGGCCGGCUGCUCUUUGCGGGCUACGACGAUUUCGAGUGCAAGGUGUGGGAUGUGCUGCGCGGCGACAAGGUGGGCUCACUGAGCGGCCACGAGAACCGUGUCAGCUGUCUGGGUGUCAGCAACGAUGGCAUCAGCUUGUGCACUGGGUCUUGGGACUCCCUUCUCAAGGUCUGGGCCUGGUAA